AUGAUGUAUACGGCACGACGAACCAUACCUAUGGAUGAAUAUAAUCGAAAACUAUUUGAAAGUUUUCUUAGAUUUCAAGAAUCAAUGAAAUAUUCUCCAACAACGAAUGCAAAUUCACAUGGUCCCGCAUUUCAGGAUCUUGAUGCAACACCACUCGGUCUAUGUUCAUUUGCUUUAACAACAUUUUGUGUUUCUAUGUAUUUGGCCGGUGCAGCUGUGCCAGUAAAAGCAUCUAUGGGUGUUAUCAUGGGUGCUGCUCUCUUUAAUGGUGGAGCCACUCUAAAUUUGACUGUUUAUCCUGAAUAUCGUGAUGGAAACAACUUUGGCGCUUUGACAUUUUGUUCUUACGGAGCGUUUUGGCUUAGUUUGGCAUCACUUUAUGUAGCUGCUUUUGAUUUUCUUACUGGUUAUAAAAAUGAAUCUGUUUUGAAUAAUGCGAUGGGAGUUUUUUUCUUGCAUGGGAAAUUUUUACAGCACUGA